AAGGUAAAAAGCCAAAUAACUGCUUUUUCAAAUCAUGAAAUCCAAGACUGAUGAAGAGUCACAGUGACCCAGACUACCUGUCUGUAUUCUUAGAAAUCAGACCUAUUGCAAACAUGAAGUUCUGACAUCCCAGUCGGGCUGGAUGACAUGUGCUUUUUCACCCCUUCUUUCUAUCAGCUGGCACCUCCAAGUUUGAGUUCAGUUCCUUGGAUGGUAGGGGCCAGAGAUUUGAUUGAAACUCUGUUUAAAAAGGCAGUGACCCCGGAGCAGCAAGGGAGGGAUUCCUCAAGGAGCUUGCUGUUUCCUAAGGAGACAGAGUUGAACACCGCGGAGACUUGCCCUGUGUGACGUGCUGCCCCAGGACGCAGGUGCUGGGCUCCAGGGGACAGAGCAGGAGGCACCCUGGCCGCUCUGGUGAAGGGAGAGACACGCAGGCCCCACCAGGGAGGUGGUAUUUGGUGUGUACCCUGAGGGAGGGAGCGAAAUCCACAGGCGCGAAGAGAGCGAGGAGGAGGGCAUCAGGCAGAGAGCAUCAUGACUAAAAGCUCAGAGGUGGAAAACCUGGAGGAGUUCAAAGAACAGCCUGUGUUAGGUACAGCUGCAGAGCAAACCAAGUGAGAACGGCCUCCUCAGGUGUCUGCACACUCAGUCACACAUAACUCAGCCUGUCCAAGGUGCAGUAGCCACCAUGACCUCAGUAGACUGAUGAUGGAAGAAAAGGAAACUGGGAGAUCCUGUGCUCUAGCUUCCCUGGACGAUGGAUGGAGGACAGCCCGUCCCUUCACCCCUAGUGCCCCUUGAGAACACAUCAUCAGAUUCUAGCAUGUCUCUGGAACAGAAGACCACAUUUGUUUUUGUGAUUUUGUUGUUCAUUUUCUUGGGCAUCCUCAUUGUCAGGUGCUUCCGGAUUCUUCUGGACCCGUAUCGGAGCAUGCCAACCUCGACUUGGGCUGAUGGACUUGAAGGGCUGGAGAAGGGGCAGUUUGACCAUGCCCUUGCUUAGCGGAGGGGGAGCAGGAUCCCCUCCAGAGGAGGUGACGUGCAUCAUGAUUUGGCAAGGAUUUCUCUUUAGCCAAUAUUCUAAACACACCAAGUUUCAUCAACACCCGGUCGUAGGUCCACAAUCCCUCAUUUAUUAACCAUGCCGUUGGGUUACAAAACAUUUGAGGAUACGGGGGAUGAAGGUUUCUAACACUCGCCAAAAAUAGGAAGGUUUGAAUUUCUCUGUUUACUCAACGAAUGAAUACUUCUGAAUACAUGUGGUGGUGAAAGCAAGAGCACCAGCACUGACAUAAACUUUGCCAUAAAAUGAAGCACUCUCCCCCCUCAACCAGAGAAUAAAGAACAGAAUGGCUCUGAAAUGAAUCUGGUCACGGGGCCACGAAGAGACUUCUUUGCUCUGAAGGUGUCUCUCAGUUUGCUUUACCAUCGUGGGAAUCGGGUCCCUGGCAGAGAGUAAGGAAGACUGUGCUGAGUGGACCGAAGAAGGUCCCUAUUAUCUCCUACAAAGCAGGCAGCUUUGGGGAGCAAACAGCGCAAACAGUUCAGCGCAAACAGUCCCAUCCCUAGUAAAGAUGAGUGAGGAUGAGCUCAUUUUAUUUCUCAAAUACAACUGAAAUCAAAGACUUGCGGAGGUUUGAAAACGCUUCACCAGGCCAAGUACACUCUAGGUAUUUGUAUUAAUAACCUGUGUGGAGGUGUCCAUACAUAAUGCGAAUUUACUUUUUUCACACACGUGACUGAAAUUCUGGGUUGCAAGGGCAGCUACGAGUCGUGUUUGUAAGCAAAAAGUUAAUUGUCUAGAAGAGAAGACUUUCACAGUCUUAAGAGGAAUGUGUGUUUAUGACUGAAUAGGGAAGCCAAAUAAAACUUUGCAAGAAACGGUA